UAACGUAUACUUAUACUUAUUAUAAUUAUAAUUAAAUUAUAAUUAUUAUUAAUACUGGUAACUGUAAUAAGGAAUCCUGUGCUCUUUCUAAAGGAUCCAUUCCUUUCAGGAAUCCUGUAUUGCUCGGUCGCAGGUAGUUAAGUGGAGUUACUAAUAAGCGGAGUUACCCUGGAGAAAGUCUUUCCGCCCGGGAGCGUUUUACCGACGACUUUUGUCUGGGCGAAUCUUUUUUCAAAAUUCAGCGUUCGACGAUUUAACUUUUAACCCAGAGUUUUAUAAAGCGUUGAACGGUCCUCGGUCUGAUCGGAAAGCUGGUGUCUCUACUCACCCACCCACCCUCUCUCACGUUCCUUUUCCGAUGGUCGGAGCAAGGUCCCGUUGUUGUUGCUACCGUACGUGGCUGAAACAUGGUCAAACGGGCAGGGAAACGAGCGAGAGCCCAGGAGGUGGAAGAUACGCUCUGUUGCUGCGAGUAUCUCGAUCGGAAGGGCCAAAGGAGCCACCUAGCGGCGUGUCUCUGCGAAUGCGAGGACCUCGACGAGUGCUGUGAAAGAUGGAUGACUUGCAAAUCUUUACCUCCUGGAAUAUUGGAGAGAAUCACAGAAACCUUCACCGAUCGUUUCCGUUUUCCAUGGAUUCGAGGGGCUGUAAAGAUCGAUAUCAGCCUCCUUCCGCCAAUCGUCUUGCUUCCUUUUUUCCUUCACGUAGCAGCUUUGCACUUCCUUUUGGCCCUCGUCAUCCUAAUAUCGCUUCCCAUACUAGUACUAUGGUAUUACUACCUCACACAUAGGAAGAAAGGUCAGACUCUCUUCUUCUUAAGCCUGGGCCUAUUCUCCCUAGGUUACAUGUACUAUGUAUUUCUCCAGGAAGUGGUUCCCCGGGGCCAUGUGGCAUACAGUCAGGUGGCUCUUCUUACUUGUGGGUUAAUCCUGAUGCUUGUAGCCCUACAUCGAGCCAAGAAAGAUCCUGGCUACCUUUUCAGCCAAAUGAACAGCGACAAAGCACUUCACCAAGGCAGUUGCAGUAAUAACAUGUUCAAUAAGAAUGGCCUGGGAAACUCCAAUGGGCUUUGCAGAGUACCUGCUUCGGGUGUUGCUGUACACACUAACACUGAGAGCUACUCCAGAAUAUUGGAAGCAGAGACAGGUCAGGGCUCAAAGGACUGGUGCACCAAAUGUCAGUUGGUUAAACCAGCUCGAGCUGGACACUGCCGAAUAUGUGGCAGGUGUGUGAAGAGAUUGGAUCAUCACUGUGUCUGGAUUAACAACUGUGUUGGAGAACAGAACCAUCAAGCUUUUGUCCUUGCCCUCUUCCUUUUUCUGCUCACUUCAAUAUAUGGGAUUUCUUUGACUUUGGAUACCAUUUGUAGAGAAAAAAACACCCUCAGUGCUCUGUUCUACUGUCCUGGUGUCUAUGGAGAAUACAGUUCAGCCCUGACAUUCACCUGUGUAUGGUAUUGCGCCAUUGUAACUUCUGGUAUGAGCUACAUCCUUCUUCUUCAGCUCUUGAAUAUCAGCUGUAACAUGACUGAGAGGGAAGCUCGCAUUGCAUUACGGGAGAAUACUGGAAGGAGGUUAUUAUGGGGUAUGAUGGUUGAUACGGGACAAUAUAAUCAAGGUUUUCUAUCCAAUUGGAUCCAGUUUUUUCACCUUGCGCUCAUCUGAUCUGCAGCAGAGUGCUGAGGAUGUCGUAUGAAGGAAUUUUUAACUAUUAACUUUAUCAUGUAUCGAAAGGCGUUCUGGGCAAAUAGCUCUCAUCUCUUGCAAAUGAAGACUGGCGCACGAAGAUCCUUUUAAAGCCAUAUAGCAAAGUGCAAUACCACUUUCUCAAAAAUAUGCCAAAUGUUUUGCAGGAAGACCUUGGUAUGAUUGGGAUUGCUUAUAUUCUUCACUUGAUACCUAUUAGUGUCAGGUGAGGAAACAGAAAUAUAAAAACAACCAUCACAAGUGAAAGAAGCAGAGACUUCCCUGUUGAGGUCGAUGUGACCUUGAAGUUUUAGCAUUUCCUUGAAGGCAGCACAUACUUUCUGUUCUCUGCUCAUUCUGUGGCAUAUGUGGAUAUAUGAAUCAGGUGGUCAGAGUAUUAUGCUGGGAAGUCAUAGAUUUGAGAGAGGCAGUGUCAUAUGGUUACAACAAAAUGAGUUUCCUUUAAUACAUUGUUUCUUUAUAGAGCAUUUAUUGUGAGGGCAAAGGUAUUUAACUCUGAGCAGAAGAGUUUCACUCCACAACUUUCCAAUUUGUCAGUUAUGAAUUAGAUACAGUAUAACAGAGUUGGAAGGUACCUUGUAGGUCAUCUAGUCCAACCCACUGCCCAAGCUGGAGGCCUACACCGUUUCUGAAAGAUGGCAGUCUAGUCUCUUCUUGAAAGCUUCCGGUAAUGAAGCUCCCACAACUUCCGAAGGCAAGCGGUUCCAUUGGUUGAUUGUUCUCACUGUUAGAAAAUUUCUCCUUAUUUCUAGAUUGAAUCUCUCCUUGAUCCUGUUUUUUUUUUUUUUUUUGCAUGUUGGUUAUAGGAGUGAUCCUGAUAUGUUAUUUUCGGGUUCUGAUUUUUCUAUUUGGAAUUCCUGUCUUCUUUGGAUUCACACCCCAAAUUUAACAGGCUGCAUACUUAAUUUUAUGCAUUUCUCUGAUGCAAAGAUAGUUAUUAACUGGAUAGUGGAGAAGGUUCUCAGUGUCGUUUAAUCAUGAUGUAUUGUAGCCAAAACACUUGAAUUUUUUAAAACUUGAUUGUUAUAAACCCUGAAUUUUGUUAAUGGAUAUAAGAAAUUAAAAAGGGAACUUCCCUCAUUUUUAUGCUUUUACCAAAAAAAGGAAGAGCUCUCCAAUGUUGUACUCUUUAAUAUCUUCGCAUUACAAGAGCAGAGAUAUAUAAGUGCCUAUAGGAUGGGCUUUUUUUAAAGCUGUGAUUUGCAUAGCUGAUUUAGUAUUUUUUUUUAUUACUUGCUUACUUUGAGAAUACGAUUGCUUUUGAUUAAUAUACUUAUCCCUUGCCUUAAAAUGGCUCAUAAUGAACAAUGUAAGAUCAGAAUUGCAAAAGCUAUUUCUGCAUUAAUUUAAUUGGUUCAUAUAUUUAUAUGAACUGCCCAGAGUUGCUGAGAGUCAGAUGGGUUAUGUUUUUUUCCCUUCAUUCAUUUGUGUCUGAUUCUCGAAGACUGCCUAGACAAGUCCCUGCAAUUUCCUUGGCAAGUUUUUUUUCAGGGGCCAUUGCCUCCUUCCCAGGGCUGUGAUAGUGACCAGCCCAGGUCACCCAGCAGGCUUUGUGCCUAAGGCAAGAAUAGAAGUCACAGUCUCCGGUUUCUAGCCUGAUGUCUUAACACCAAACUCUAAGCUCUCAUAUAUUAAAUAAAUAAAUGAAGUAGCUAGUAAAAGCCCUUAAAACAUUCAAAUUCAAAAUCAUGUAAAAUCAACAACUACUUUUGAUUGAAAAAAAAUAUUGCAAAUUGCAAGUGAUUAAAAUCGCAGCUGAUUAUGGAUCAUCAGCCUAAGUGUGGUUUCUUGUUUGAGGGCCAUAUAAAAAAUCCAUCAAACUGAAUUUUAAACAUUUUAAAUCAUACAAGUAUGAUUUGUAGAACUACAAUGCAAUCAAAUUGUGAAAAGUCCAAUUAUAUUAAGAAAAACAGUUGUUUGGAGAAUUAGGAACUGUAGAAAAUGUAGCUCCAGUUCUUUUUCUCUGUUAUAAAGAUGAACAUAUGCUAGAUUAUUUUUUUGCAGUUGUUGGCAUUUGCUAAAAUUCGCAAAAUAUAUAUAUGAAUCAUAUAUAUUAUACAUGCAUGCACACAUCUCAACAGAAAUAUCAUUCUAAAGAUGAUAUUAACACCAUUAUAGGAUUAUAUUAUGUACAUGCUAAAGUCUAAUAAAAACCUGGUAAUCUUCUAAGUAGCUAGCCAGUAACAAGAAACAAAAUCCUUAAAUUUUUAAAACACACAUAUAAUUCCAGCUUCUCAGUUUUAAUAUUGGCUUGAAAUGGUAAAAUAUACAUAUUUAUAACAACCAAAAAUAUGUUUUAGAUAGUGUAGAUAGCUAUACUUGGAAGAAAUUAUUACUAAUUUGAAGAAAAGAGUGGCCAUGUAAAGACAAUUCAAUGUAGCUACAAUUAAGCUAACUGAAAGUGACUUCUAAGCACUUAUUGCGUAUUGCAGUGAAGUAGAAUAUAAUCUAGAGUGAAACUAGUCACUUAGCUACCGAGAUGAGUAGUGCCUAAAUUUGAUAAAUACCAACUAGCCUUUGGAAUUCUACAAUUCUGAAACACUUAAGAUUGUAUUACAGCAUUUUCUAUUUAAAAUAUCUUCUGUGUUACUCAGUCAAUUCCAGUCUAGAGGUUAUGGUGAACUUUGAAGGAGCAGGCUUCCUGUGUUGCUUUCGUUGAUCAAGAUCAAAUGUUAGUAAUAUAGAAGUUUUACUGUGAGCUCAUUAGGAAGCAGAAGCUCCUUCGUAUUUAUGCAAUAAUUGUUCCAUUGCCAUAUUUCUGACUUAAGUAAUAUAUAUCAUAGCUCACACAAAUAUUAUUUUAAUGGUGCUUUUUUAUUUUAUACCAAAUUAGUCUUUAAAAUAAUUUGAGAUAAGAAUGCUUUCUAAAGCAAGAAAUACCUGCCUAACAAUCUAAUGUCUUAAAUGUUCUCUGAUUUUAAUCAAAUCAUGAAUGUAUUUUGCUCUUGCAGGAUAGUAUCAAAGUUUUUUCCCCAUAUAUAUAAAUAUCUUUUUCAAAAUCUGUUUUUCCAUCUCACUGUACAGUAGAGAACAUUAAGAAAACAGGACAUUUUCUUUCUUGUUGGUUUACAAUUUUUAGAUUUCCCCCCCCACAGUUGGAAUAUGUGAUGUAUAUUAUAAAAUUGCUUCUAUCUGAACUAUUUAUUUAAUUUUGAAAUAUUUUAUCUAUAAAUUUGAUUGCAUAGUGGAGUAUUUAUUUUUAUAACCUUAAUGUUUGCUAUUAAUACGUUAAAUGUUUAAAUUAUAUUAAGUGAAUAAAGCUAUAGUACAAUGUCAUCAUUAAAAACAGUGAUUCAAUAAACCACAUUGGCUAUCUU